CGGCCAGGAUCACGAGGGGCAACAGCGUCGGCGACGUCCGCGGCGACGUGCUCAGCCAGGCCGCGGGCGCGCCGUCCUUCACCGCGGGCCGCAACUACACCUUCGUCGUGCACCGGCACUCGGAGCACGCCGCCGACGUGUGGCUGGAGGAAGACCCCGGCGCCAAGGUGGCCGUGCCGCUGCAGCCCGGACAGGCCGUCCUCAAGGCCGACAGCGACGCCGGCCACACUUACCUGGAAGCAAGCGGCGCUGUGGACGGCUGGCCCAUGGCAGUGGGUGACACGCUGUGGCUGUCGCUGUCGGUGGCCUUCCCCGACGGCCGCCUCGUGCUGGGACUGUGCAGCGAGAUCUCCUGCGGCGUGGUGCGCGUUCGCGGCGCCGACGGGGACACCAUGGGCUUCUCCACGGCCGUGGUGGCCACCAACAGCGUGUCGGGGCGCGGCAGCGAGCUGCAGCAGCCGACGGGGCCCGCCAGCUUCACGCCCGGCCAGCAGCACGUGUUCGUGGUGCGGCGCGCCGCGGAGGACACCCUGGAGGUGUGGCUCGAGGACGACCCGGACAACAGGGCCUCCGUGCCCACGCCCGACAACAACGACCGCCUCAAGGUGGCCUCCACGGCGGGCUCCAUCAUGUUCGUCAAAGGACGCGACUGGGUGAGCGAGGACCCCGCGUCGGCGCUGACGAGCCCCUCGCUGCCCGCGCCCUCCGCGCCCGGCGCCAAGCUGUGCGUCGAGCUGGAGUACAUGUCGCCGAGCCCCGACAACGCCAUCACCCUCGGCGCUCUGACCGAGCGGGAUGACGCCCCCACCGCCCUGGCCGAGCUGGCGACCGACCAGGCGGCGUCCUGGCGGCGGCGUACCGUGCUGUCCUCGCUGCCCGAGUCGCUGGCGACGACGGCGUCCUGGCGGCUGGCGGUGUCCUCCGCGCCCGGGACGCGGAUCCGCAGCGUGUCGCGGUGCUCGCUGGAAAAAUACGACAGGGCGGUGGUGGCGGCGAGCACGGCGGGACGCAGACGUCGCCAUGACUGGAACUCCUGGAACUCGGCAAACUCCUGGAAUUCCUGGAACUCUGCAAACUCCUGGAACUCCUGGAACCCCGCGCGGCGCCUGCAAAGGCAAACUGCAGGCGGCUGCGUCAACGGAGGCCAGUGGAGCGCCGCUUCCGGCUGUGCGUGUCCGGCAGGCUUCGUGGGCGCCACGUGCGAAGCAGGCUGCCAGGCGGGUGGCUUCGGCGCGCGGUGCGAACUGCGGUGCCCGGCGCGAGGCUGCGAGGGAGUGGUGCUGUGCGUGUCGGGGCUGUACUGCUCGUGCGCCCCCGGCUUCCGCGGGGACCUCUGCGACCAGGCUUGCACGGCCGGCGACGCGGAUUGCAGCCUCCCCUGCGAUGGCCGGCAAAGAGGCUGACGGCAAGAUUUGGACCAGUUGGCUGUGGCGUGCGGAACUCACUCAAAAUAAAAGACUUGAUGAUCUCCUCCUGA